CAAGGACCAGGCUGGGGAGCAGGUGGGCUGUCGGCCUUGCUUUCCACCGGCCUGAGUGCCUCCUGCCCGUUCUGGUCGGGCGAAGCUUCCCGCGCGAGCCUGGGGCCUCUCCGUCGGUUCCUCUCCUCUGCUCCCUGCUCAUGCUCCGCACUCUUCCCUGUUCCUCUGGCGCCUCGUCCCCUUCCUGGCGAGAGCUGCCCCCAAGUUUCGCCGUUUGGGCGAGCGCGCUGUGAUCCAGCCUGGGCCCUGCUCGGAGAUUGUACAGUAACUCCUCCCCCUCUAGGCCGUUUUGGUUUGAAGACGGGGGAAAUCCCUUGCUGUCCUCAGAAAGUACGCGGUGCGCGGUAGUGGGCGAUGGCGCUCAGGCGUAUCCAGAAGGAGCUCGCGGACUUGGGCUCCGACCCUCCGGACAACUGCUCGGCCGGGCCCGCCGGGGACGACAUGUUCAAUUGGCAGGCCUCAAUUAUGGGGCCUCCUGAUUGCCCCUACCAGGGAGGCGCCUUCUUUCUGAACAUCCAGUUCCCGACCGACUACCCCUUCAAGCCUCCGAAGGUGCAGUUCACGACCAAGAUCUACCACUGCAACGUCAAUUCGAACGGGGCGAUCUGCCUCGACAUCAUCAAGGACCAGUGGAGCCCGGCCCUCACCAUCUCCAAGGUCGAUGAUGCUCCAACUUACUUUAGCCUUGAUCACCAGAAAGAAUUUCGAGUACCAAGAAAGUACCGAAACUGGAGGGUUGUGACGUGUCGGGCCCUGGGGGGCGAUACUCGUUCGACACUGUUUCGACACUUUCCUGGGUGCUCGAACUUAUUUUUGGGAUGCGUUACGUAAGUACGAGUGGAGCAGCAUAACUCCAAGGUGCUCCUCUCGAUCUCCUCGCUUCUGACCGACCCCAACCCCAGCGACCCUCUGGUGCCGGAGAUCGCGCAGCUGUACCUGAAGGACAGGGCGAAGCACGACUCGACCGCACGCGAGUGGGUCCAGAAGUAUGCAAGCUGAGCAGCCUUGAGAUUCAGAGGAGGACAAGGCGGCGCAGCCUUGGGAUCGCCAGGUGCCGUGUACAGAAGCUGCUAUGCAGGCACAAGCAGCAGUGCUCGCUGCUCCCAUUCGUUCUCCAGCAAGAGGUGCGAAGUGUGGCACGGGAACAGUGACAGCGAACAGUGUCGCUGCUACGUUGCAAAGGCGCCGUGCUACUUCACCUAGGGCUCGACGUUGUCCCCAAACAUCAGGAGGGGAAAAACACACACAGACACAAUGAAUCGUCGACCCCCAGGAG